UAGUCGCGUGAGUUGCGGCGGCUCCGCUUCCAGUGUGCCUGGCAGCGGCGGCCCAGCGGAGAGCAAAGGGGCGAUCCCCUGAGCUAUCACCAUGGAUCGCCCGGAUGAGGGGCCUCCGGCCAAGACCCGUCGCCUGAGCAGCUCUGAUCCGCCUCAGCUCAACCCGCCGCCGCCGCCGCCGCCGCCGCCGCUCCUGCGACUGCCCCUGCCUCCACCCGAGCAGCGCCCAAGGCUCCGGGAGGAAACCGAGGCGGCACAGGUGCUGGCUGACAUGAGGGGGGUGGGCGUGGGCCCCGCGCUGCCCCCGCCGAUGCCCUAUAUCAUUCUCGAGGAGGGGGGGAUCCGCGCGUACUUCACCCUGGGUUCUGGGGGUCCCGAGUGGGAUUCUACGAUCGAGUCAGGGUACGGGGGGGCGCCCCCUUCCGUGGAGAGUCUGGAUAUACUCCCCCCUGCUGAGGUCUCUGGGGAAAACCUGGAAAUUGACUUUCAGGUUGUGGAUCCCAGCAGCCCUGUUGGAGAGAAGGUCCUAGAAACCUGUAGCGUAGAGGGGUGGGGGCCCCAGAGGUUAGUCGGUCCAAAGAACAGGGAAGAGGCUGUCAUCCUAGUGGAAGAUGAGGAUGAGGAUGAACAGGAAGGUUUGAGGAGCAGCAGGAGGAGGAGGAGGAGAAGGAGGAGAAGGAGGCAGAGGAAAAUGAAGAAGGAGAGCAAAGAGAGGAAUGCCGAGAGGAUGGAGAGCAUCCUGCAGGCGCUGGAGAAUAUUCAGCUGGACCUGGAAGCUGUUAACAUCAAGGCAGGCAAGGCCUUCCUGCGUCUCAAGCGCAAGUUCAUCCAGAUGCGAAGACCCUUCCUGGAGCGCAGAGACCUCAUCAUCCAGCAUAUCCCCGGCUUCUGGGUCAAAGCAUUCCUCAACCACCCCAGAAUUUCAAUCUUGAUCAACCGUCGUGAUGAAGACAUUUUCCACUACUUGACCAAUCUGCAGGUACAGGAUCUAAGACACAUCUCCAUGGGCUACAAAAUGAAGCUGUACUUCCAAACAAACCCCUACUUCACAAACAUGGUGAUUGUCAAGGAGUUCCAGCGCAACCGCUCGGGCCGGCUGGUAUCUCACUCCACCCCAAUCCGCUGGCACCGGGGCCAGGAACCCCAGGCCCACAGGCAUGGGAACCAGGACUCCAGCCACAGCUUCUUCAGCUGGUUUUCAAACCACAGCCUUCCAGAGGCUGACAGGAUUGCUGAGAUUAUCAAGAAUGACCUGUGGGUCAACCCUUUACGCUACUACAUGAUGAGAGAAGGAGGCUAUAGGACAAACAGAAAGAAGCAAGAAGAGAAGAAAAGUAAAAACAAGAAUCAAUGUGAAGUGGUGAUCGUGGAAGAUGCUUAUGACUAUUAUGCAGUGGAAGACAUUUUCAGCGAGAUCUCAGACCUUGAUGAGACCAUUCAUGACAUCAAGAUCUCUGACUUCAUGGAGACCACCGAUUACUUUGAGACCACUGACAACGAGAUAACGGACAUCAAUGAAAACGUCUGUGACAAUGAGAGCCUUGACCACAAUGAAGUCCACGACAAUGAGACCACUGAUAACAACAAGAGCAAUGAUGACGAGACCACUUACAACGAGAAUGCCAAUGACAACGAUGAGAACCCUAAAGACAAUAACAAGAACACCAGUGACAAUGAAGAGAACCCUGAUGACAGCAAUGAGAAUGCUGAUGGUGACAACAAGAACCUCAGAGGUGGCAACCAGGGCAGCAUUGGCAACCAGGACAGCAGUGACAGUGAUGAGGGCAGUGAUGAUGAAGAUAAUGAUGGCAACGAAGGUAGUGAUGAUGACGGCAAUGAAGGUGACAAUGAAGGCAGUGAUGACGAUGACAGAGACAUUGAGUAUUAUCGGAAUGUCAUUGACGACUUUGACAAAGAUCAAUAUUACAGCAACCAGCAUGCCUAUGAGGAUGAGAUACAGAUCAUCUCAGAUGAAUCAGUGGAGGAAGGCAGCGUGCAAGGUGAGGACUUCUAUGAGGAAGGAGGCUAUGAAGUGGGAGGAAGUGAGGAGGAUGACUGGGAUGAAGGAGAAGAUUCUGAAGACUCCAACCUGGCGGAGGUGGUUCAGGUCCCAAACGCUUGGGCCAACCUCGGGAACAUGGGAAAAACCGGAUAAACAUCUUACCCCUGCUAAACAUCUUACUCUCACAGGGGUCUCCUUUCUGUAUCCCCCACACCCUACCCCGUUUACCCUCCCCCUCAGCUAGGGCCGCGCGGCCCCAAAUUGCACUUCUGGGGGGUGACCGACUUCAUACACGGGUUUAAAAUUUAUUUUUAUGAUUUAGUAAUUGCAGAGUUCUUAUUUUGGGGGGAGGGAGAGAGGGAUAACCCCCUUCUUUUGGCCCUCCUCCCCUGCAGGCUUCUGUGUGCUGCUAAACGUAUUUAUUGUGAUGCCUUGGUUAGGGCCCCUCUAUCCCCCUCUCCUCGUCAAGUGUUGGCCCUAGCCCCUCUUCUCUUGCUGUGUGGAGUGGACACCCUGAUCCCCAAACGGGGAGGGCUGCUGUGGUCUUCGUCACAGCCUCGCAGUGCCCUUGGAGGCGCUGCUGCCACCCUGUUAUCCCAAGUUCUCUCCCUCUCCCCUCUCUAUCCUGCUCCUUCUUCAGUCGUGCCCGUUAGCCCGCCUAGGUGUUUCUGCCAGGCCGUAUCGCCAUUGAGAUAUUCCUGCUCCCCUCCCCCAGAAGGCCCGCUUCUUUCCCUGUGAACCCUGGCAAUCCUAAUAAAAUUCUGAGCAAAUUCAAA